AUGAAAACACUCGCCAUAAAUCUGGUAUUAAUUAGCUUCUUAAUUAAAAUUGUAUCAACCGUUGAAACUGCUGAUCAGAACUGGUACAAAUCGCAAAAUGGCAACAUGUAUUACAUUGAGGAAAGUUACAAGUACUCCUGGUAUGAGGCUGCUUUACAAUGUUCUUUGAAAAAACUCUCCCUGUUAACACUGGAAACCCAGGAGGAACACAAUGAGGUGGCAAAAAUUUUGAAAGAAAACAAUUUUGCCUUUCAUGCACCCCAUUUGUGGAUUGGUGCUGUGGGUGGCCAUCGUCUAUUUACUUGGGUCUCCAAUAGUCAACCGGUUUUUACUGACAAAUGGAUUCCCGGUAAUCCAGAUAAUUGGAAUCAGGAGGAAUAUUGUUUACAUUUUUGGGAAAAUACCACGGAAUUGAAUGAUCGUAAAUGUGAUUUCAAAUACGGUUUCAUAUGUGAGGAGAAUGAUUACUUUAAUGAGGAGAAGGAGAAGAAUCAAGGAAAAUAUAAAAGUAUUGUAUUGAAUAUUGUAAAUAAAAUUUAAAAC